AUGGCGGUAUCACGAUUAGCGGGACCUGUUCUCCUCCUACUGGCGACUCUGGCCCUCACGGCCAUGGUCGCUCAGCCAACGGAACACACAAUUUACUUCGGACUUGGCUCGGACGAUGGCCACGGCCUGAUGGCCGACACCAUGGACCAGCUGAGCCAAGAGCUCAUGAUGGAAUCUGCAUCCGCUCGGCGCCACCUGGCGGGCAAGCAAGGCGGGCACAUUAGCUACGCAGCCAUGGGCAGGAACAAUGUGCCGUGCAAUCGUCGUGGCCAGUCGUAUUACAAUUGCAACAGCCACCAGAAAGCUAAUCCGUACACCCGAGGCUGCACGAGGGCCACCCAGUGUGCUAGAACCAACCAUUAG